UAGCCAGGUGUGGGAGACCCGGGACCAUCCUGAGGGACCCUUCCAGCAUUAAUGUCCUCUACUUCCUCUAUAGGACAUGGUGUUAAACUUUAAAAUGGAAACUUAGGAACAGGAGGAGCACUGCUGUGGGACCAUUUUGCCACGGAGCAGAUUUUUGCCUCUGGGUCAGAGUCUGGGCAGUCUCUUUCUUUGCCUGCCACCGGCUCCCCAGUCUUUGCUUUGUGGAGAGAGGAUGGACAGAUUCCUGGUGAAAAGGGCUCCAGGAGGCCUUUUGGGAAAGAGACAGCAAGAGCAGACGGGAGAAGGCCCGGAAGAGUUGGGAGGAGACAAGGAAAGCAGCAGGAAAAGGCCCAGGAGAGAAACCUCAGGGAAUGGAGUGGACUUGGCAGGCCUCAGCUGGCAGCACAUCCGAGCCGAGGGCCUGGACUGCGAUUACACAGUGCUGUUUGGCAAAGCCGAAGCGGACGGGAUUUUCCAAGAGUUGGAGAAAGAAGUGGAAUAUUUUACAGGUGCGCUGACCAGGGUCCAGGUGUUCGGGAAAUGGCACAGCGUGCCAAGGAAGCAGGCGACGUAUGGCGACACUGGGCUGACCUACACCUUUUCGGGCCUCACCCUGUCUCCAAAGCCCUGGCUCCCGGUUCUAGAGCGCAUCCGGGAUCGCGUUUCUUUGGCGACUGGAAAGACCUUCAACUUUGUGCUCGUCAACAGGUAUAAAGAUGGCCGUGACCACAUUGGUGAGCACCGAGAUGACGAGAGAGAACUGGCUCCCGGGAGCCCCAUCGCCUCCGUCUCCUUUGGGGCCUGCAGAGACUUCUUCUUCCGGCAUAAGGAUUCUCGAGGGAAGCACCCCUCCCGGCGGAUGGAGGCGGUCAAGCUUCAGCUGGCCCAUGGAAGUUUACUUAUGAUGAACCACCCAACCAACACUCACUGGUAUCACAGCCUCCCUGUCCGAAAGAAGAUUCUGAGUCCACGGGUCAAUCUGACAUUUCGUAAAAUUGUGCCUAUUAAAAAGUAAACACGU